GUAGAUUGUUAUGUCCCUGGAAGAAAAAGGGUCAAGAAUGGAAUUUCAGAUGGAAAAACACCCACCCCCGCAAAAGCUACAAAAUACCUGGACAUGCUUUUGAGACAGAAAUACUAGUAGCAGUAGUAAUAGUGGAAAUCAUGUUGACUCACAGUGUAUCUGCUUCGACCUCAUCACAAACCUGAGAAACAGAAAAAGCAAUAAUCAAAAUAAAGCCUUUUGCUUUUCUUUUUCGUUUCUUUCUCUGUUUCCUCUCUUUCGUUCAACAUUGCUUUCUUGUUUUCUCUGUGGCAUUUAUAUUAUUCAUAUUGAUGGAGUCUUGGAGCUAUGGCUCUGAAGGCAAAGGCCUUCUUUUUACUGAUGAAAUGGAUUUGCCAGUGGAUGCUUUUGCUAGAAGUAGAAAAGCACUCAUAGGAUGGGACCUAAAGCCUUCUACUGAUUUUGAAGCUGUUGAGGGUAUGGAAUUCAUGGAUUUUGGUUUCGCUGAUAUGAACAAAAAACCCUUUUAUGGUAACACCAGUAUGGAAAUCUUUGGUGCUGAGAUUGGUAAUGGUUGUGCUAAAAGGGUAGUUUCUCCUACUUGUAUGGUUACCUCUAGUUCAUAUUAUGGUGAAGAGGAAUCUGGUUCCAAGCAUUCAAGCUCUUUGAUCGAGUCUAACAGUCAGGAAUCUUCACUCAUUGAUUUGAAGCUAGGGAGAUUGACUGACCAUAGAGAUGGACAGGAUGGCAAGUUUUUGAAGGAAACUUCUGUCGUUUCUUCAGUUCGUCCGGCUUUUAUGGUGAAGAGAGCUCGCACAACAAGCUCUUAUUCUCAUACUCCUUGCUGUCAAGUUUAUGGUUGUAACGAGGAUCUUAGCUCCUCAAAAGAUUACCACAAGAGGCACAAAGUUUGUGAGGCUCACUCUAAGACUGCCAAAGUUAUUGUUAAUGGAAUUGAACAGAGAUUCUGUCAGCAGUGUAGCAGGUUUCAUGGACUGGCUGAAUUUGAUGAUGGUAAGCGCAGUUGUCGUAAACGCCUAGCAGGGCAUAAUGAGCGCAGAAGGAAGCUUCAUUUCAAUACCCUUUCUGGAAAACCACAUAAAUUGCUGCAGUCAUAUCAAGGUACCAAAUUUCUGGGGACCUCCAUACCAAAAAGAAUGCCCUUUGUUAUCCCAAACAUCUUUCAAGGUGACUUUGUUUAUCCAGGAAGAUAUGAACAAGCUAAUCAGAGUCAGCAGGUUAAAUCUGAAGAGAAACCAAUUUACAAUCCUCAGUCAGCAAUACCGAUCACUAAUUGCCAGUUGCAACCAAAAUCUAUCUUUCACAUGCAAGGCAGUGGGAAACAGUAUGGUUCUGGAACAUUUUCAUCAUCAACUGAAGGCUUCAAUGCUCCUAAUGCAGCAUCAACUGUGAAAGUAUCAUCUGGAGUUUCACGCUCAGAUUGUGCUCUCUCUCUUCUGUCAGCUCAAUCACAGGACUUGUCAAACCAUGCGGCAGGAAUUCAAAUGACUAGGCCCUUGAUCAAUCAUGCUGGCCAUGCCUAUCAUAGCUUUGAGAAAUCUGCUGGGAUGAGUUCUUUGGAAAAAUCGAAUGGCUUUUAUACAUGUGGAAUGAACCCUAUGGGAGCUGGCCAAGUAGGGGCUGCUGUGGUUUCUGAUGCUGGUCAUAAUGCUAAUUUUGAAGUCCAAGGAGAUGGACAUUUUCAAGAUUCAGAUCUUUUGAGUGCAAGGUAUUGUCUUUCUCCUGAAAAUGGAACCACUGUAGAUUUGCUUCAACUUUCAACACAUCUCCAAAGAGUGGAGCGACAUAGGAAUUCUAUGCACGUAAAGCUGGAAAAUGAGGACCUGUGUUAUUUCCUUACCACUUAGUUGGUAUGAGAGCAACAAGGUUUACAGGAAGAGGUGCAACAGUGCUGCAUUGAAUGUUUCACCUAAUUGAUGCACUUCAAAAUAGGUUGUUAGAGAUUCAGAUACGAUUGGUAGUACAUCUUGUUUCUGAUAGGUAUAUAUAUAACAGAGUAAAUUCUGGACUUUGUAACUGUAAAUUGAUGCAAGUUCAAUAGUAUUUGCUUCUUUUGAGAACUCUUGUUCUCCACUGGAUUUAUGUAGUUAGCUGGUUUAAUGGUUCUGUUACCACAUGCUAGUUACUAUUUGAGACAGUGUUGGACUCGGAAGACUUUUAGCUGGUUUAGUGAACCCAUCACUUUGGUUGCA